AUGAACAAGAAUAGAGGAGUUAUGCUGUGAGUAUUAAAACCCUACCAUAACGCCAGCGAAGAAGAAGAAGAAGAAGAAUUGGAAAAAUCAAAAUUUCAGAGAAGAAUUAUUCAUCUAGAGCUGUUCAACAAUGACGGAUCCACUAAUCUCCCCUCCAAACAAUAAAGCUUUCUUCGUCAUUGAUCUGUCUGGACAGAACUCUAAUCCUAUAAUUCCUGCUGAAUUUAUGACGAAACACUUCAAGGGUAAGAUUCAGUCAACGAAGCUGAAACUGACUUCAGUCGCUUCGGACAGAGUCUGGGAAGUGCAAUUGGACGGCAGGAGAUUCGCCGGCGGAUGGAAAAAUUUCUCUGUCUUCCACUCUGUUCGCGGCGACGACGUUUUGAGUUUCAGACACGACGGUGGUAUGGCCUUCCACGUCACACCCUUCGGACGCAGUUUCUCUCAGAUACAGUUGAUCUCUUCUUCUACCUCUGACGAUGAACACAAUGUUUUUGAUGCUCAUGAUGAUGAUAAAGACGAUGAUGUCGAUCUUGGAGAUGAUGACAAUCCAGUAUCCGAAGAGGAUUUGUGUUUGAAGAAAACUUCGUCGAAGAAGAGAGCAAGAACUGAAACAGAGUCAUCUGAAGAAACUUAUCUUAUUGCGCACGUCACACCUUCAAGCCUUAAAAGAGAUAAUAUGUGUCUUGUAAGCAAAUUUGCAAGGUCGAAUGGUCUGGGCGGGAGAGAGUGUUACAUUGAUCUAAAAGAUGAACAUGGAAAAUCUUGGACUCUUCUUCUUAGACACAACAAAAGCACUGGUCAGGCUUUUAUGCGUGGAGGCUGGAAACUUUUCUGCCGUAGCAACGGGAUCAAAGCCGGAUCUUCAUGUAGGUUUAAGCUUGUCCAAAGCGGAACUAAACCUGUGCUACAGCUGUGCCCCAACACUUCUAGUUCCAAAGCAAACGAAAAAGAGAAUGUUUCUGAAAGUGAAGUUGAUGAGAUUGAAUCUGAGCAUUGCUCAGAGACAGUUCCAAUGCAUCAGAACAAGAUUCUGACGUUGGACCUUAAACCUUACACGCUAAGGACAUGCCAAUUUCGUGUUCCUGCAUCGUUGACAAGAGAGAACGGGAUCCUGGAAGCAGGAGAGGUAACUAUAGUGAACAAAGAUGGCGAAGAGUGGAAGUCGUAUCUAGUUAACGUCAAGGGGCGAGAUCAGUUUUACAUUAGAGGUUGUAAAGCGUUCUUUGUAGCCAAUGGCAUAAAGAACGUUGGUGAUCCCUUCACACUGGAGGUUAUUAGAGGAGGAUUAUCUCCUAUUCUCAAGAUAUGUUCCAAGGUGAAGCAAGCAUCGUUUGAUGGCCACAAGACUCUGGAGAGGAAACCCCAAAUGACGGUUCAAGCACAGCAUGCUGAAGACGAAACAGAGAACCGGGUCCAAAAGAAAGCUCGAGUUUGUACAGAAGAAGGACCAUCUCGCUGCACUAGGGGAUUGAACAAACCAAGUAGCACUGAUCCAGAAAAUUUGCAGGGCAAGCAACCACUUCAACCUUGCUCAAUCUCUGAUCACGUUAAAAAGGUGAAACAGAGUAUUGUGGAGACUCUAACCGAUGUUAGACGGUUUCGGUCGGAGCUGGAGAAUAAGGAACAAAACCUAGAAGCUUCGCUGCAAGAAAUUGAUGCUUUAGGGGAAAAGAUGACAGGAAUCAGCAAAAUCUUCAACAUUAGUGAAGUUUAAAUCGGAAAUGAAGAUUAGAAAAUAGACCAGGUACUUUGCAACAAUGGAGUCAAGUGUUGCAUGGCACCUUUAUCUCAUUCACGUCUUAGUCAAAAUAAAGUUACUGACAUGUUUCGGAUGAAUGAAACUUUUGUUUGGUUAUUACUAAACUUGUUAUAACCAAAUAUGGAAAUUUAUUCGAUUACUUGUGUUUUACUGAACCUGUCACAUUCUCCCCCUGUGUUUAAUUUUGAAGGAAACAAAAAUU